UGUCAAUGGCAGCUGUCAAAAAAUUUUAAAUGGACUAACCUAAACAAUCUUAAUUAUCUUUAUUGAAAAUGUAACCAAAAAAUUAAUUUAGAAAUAAUAACUUUCACAACCCAAAAGAAAAAAAAUUAAGUAAUGGGAAGUUAUGUAAGGGGUUCAAAAGUACUGCACGUAAUAAAGAGUAUAAUGAUGAAAAUUUGGGCCUACUCGGGUAUUGUACUCUUUAUAUGUUUUAUCGUUUAUUAUCUUUAUGGUGGAAUCUUGGCUUUUCUUCUUCUGUUAUUUGCCAUGACUGGAAUGGUUUAUCAUGCCCAGGAUCACUUUUUGUACAACCCUGACAUGCCCAGUCAUUCUCGAGUGUUCGUUCCAAUACCAUCCAUCUACAACCUUCCAUACGAAAAUUUACAAAUAAAGAGCAUAGAUGGUACAAUGCUUAACAUGUUUUUCAUACACCAACCUGGAGAACGACAACGUCAAUCGCCUACAGUGGUUUUCUUUCAUGGAAAUGCUGGUAAUAUGGGACAUCGGCUACAAAAUUGUGCAGGACUUUAUCAUAGUUUGCAUUGUAACAUUUUAAUGGUUGAAUAUCGUGGUUAUGGGUGGUCAGAAGGAUAUCCUUCGGAAGAAGGUUUCUAUAUGGAUGCUCGAGCUAGCAUUGAUUAUUUGUAUUCAAGGAAUGAUAUUAAUCAUGCAGAAAUUAUUGUUUUUGGAAGAUCUUUAGGUGGUGCUGUAGCAAUAGAUUUAGCAUGUAGAGCUGAAUACGCAAACAAAAUAUGGUGUUUAAUUGUUGAGAAUACGUUUACAAGUAUUCCUGAUAUGGCUACAGUUUUAUUGCAAUGGAGAUUGCUGAAUUAUUUACCAUUUUUUUGUUAUAAGAAUAAGUUCAUAUCUAUAUACAAAGCGAUGCAUUUACGAAUACCAACUUUGUUCAUAUCAGGUUUAGCAGAUACUUUAGUACCACCUAGAAUGAUGUCGGACCUACAUACACGUUGUGGUAGUACAUCUAAACAGCUUUUACAACUUAUAUCAGGGACACAUAAUGAAACUUGGACUUUGCCAGGUUAUUAUCAUUCUCUAGCGGUAUUUUUACAAAAUUGUAGGUUACAAAAUAGAGACAUUCGAUCACAGUAUUCAGAUAAAAUCAUCAACGAACAAAAAGCAACUGUAACACCACCAACUGAUUCUAGUAUUUGGAUUAACAGUGAAAUCAUUUGAUGACUAUACAUUUUAUUGGAAUUAAUAGCAAAUUUUUAUUUUUAGAUUUUGUGCCAUUUAAUAUUAAUUUAUAGUAAUUUUUUUGUAAAAAUGUCAGGGAUGUAUUUACAGUGAUGAUUUUUAUCAGUUGUUCAAAAUGUCAUUACUGAACAAAAUGUAUAAUUAUUUUCAUAUUAUUAAUUGUGGAAUUAUGUAACUCAUUAAAAAAUUUCUUUAAAUGGUAUUUUUAACUUUCUAAACUAGUUGCAAUAACGAUUUGGUUAUAAAUGAAAAAAUUAAUAUUA